GGUGCAUUGUGGGCGCCGGGCGAGGACGCAGAGGGACGCCAUCGCCAUUAGAGUGUUGCUGGACGCGUAGGACGGUGGACAAACCCUCAAAAUGACAGCCAAGGUGGAUAUGAGUUUGGAAGACAUCAUUAAGGCAAACAAGAUCAAGCCCGGGAAUCGGAGAGGAGGAACCCGAGGUGCUCGAGGAGGCCGAGGGCGCGGCGGAGGCCUGCGUCGAGGAGGAGCUGCAGGAGGCGGCGGAGGAGGAGGAGGGGGAGGAGGACAGACCCGCGGGCGAGCGAGCGGCGGGCGGCCCUUCGUGGGCAGCAGGGCAGGAUUCGCACAAAGGGGCAAUGUUGAGGGUCGCUGGAACCAUGACAUGUAUCAGGGUGGUGGAGGAGGAGGAGGAGGUGGUGGUCGCAUUCAGCAGUCAGGCCCUGCCAAGCUGUUGAUCUCAAAUUUAGACUUUGGUGUGUCUGAUUCAGAUAUCCAUGAAUUGUUUACAGAAUUUGGAACUAUAAGAAGUGCAGCAGUUCACUAUGAUCGCUCUGGAAGAUCUCUUGGAACAGCUCAUGUAUCAUUUGAACGACAUGCUGAUGCCAUCAAAGCCCUUAAACAGUACAAUGGAGUACAGCUUGAUGGUAGACCGAUGAAUAUCACCAUGGACGGUGGUGCCAGUGCUGUGAGGAACACAGCACCUGUCAAGAGACUUGCACAAGGACCUAGACCCAUUAGUGGGGCCAGUUAUGGUGGUCGGGGGGGCCGUGGUAUUCGCGGCAGCAACCGAAGAGGGAACACCAGAGGAAGUACUCGUGGUGGAGGCCGAGGCAGAGGAGGCAUGGGUGGGCGGGGGGGCAGGAACCAGGUUGUGCCCACCGCUGAAGAAUUGGAUGCCGAGCUUGACGCCUAUGUCAACCAGGUCAACAAGUGAGAUGUUAGUGUGUAGCAGCGUGUCUGGGAGCAGCAGCGCCGUGAUUGACAGUUUGUGGACUUGUGCGAGCAAGAAAAUAUAGUCUGUGCACUGUGUGUCUGCAUCAAAUAUUUUAUAAUUGUCCUAUAUACCAAUGUUAAUUUUAUUUUCAUUUUUAAGGAACCUGAGUUUGAAUGGCUAGGAGAUAUUCAUUGUCAUUCUGAUAGUAUUGUUUCAUGAAAUCUUUUAUAGUGAUAAAUUUUUGUAUUAUGUAUACACUACAUAUAUUUUUGGUGCAAUUAGCCACAUUACUUUUAAGUUUUGUUUAAGUUGAUGUGGAAAAAUUAUGUAGGUCAUAUUACCAAGCAGAUCAUUUCAUUUUUGAAGUACAAUUCUCUAUGCCAAAAGCACCUUUUUUGUGAAUAAAAUCUAUAACAUUUA